AUGGCCUCAGUAAUUUUGGACGACUCAUCUAGCGCGUUCACUUAUGGCGGAGGAGCUUGGACAUCAUACCGCCAGUGGUAUCAAACCCCAACUUUGAUAGAUGGCAAGCACACCGUUCUGUUAUCCCACGUCUUGGGCACAGCUUUGGACUAUGCUGUGGUAACUGUUGGGGAGGACACGCCAUUGGGAACUAAUCGAAUUAUCGUCGAUAACGAGGACCUGUCAAUCACCUACAAAGGGUCAUGGAGCCGCAGCAUAGCAGAGUUUGAUGCUGGGUCCCUUCCAGACGGCUUCCCUUAUCAUAACAGCACUCAGCGCAGUUCAACACCGGGUGAUAUAUUCACGUUUCAAUUUUCAGGUACAUCUGCGACAAUUUACGGAAUCAUGGACUGGAACAGUACUGGCACACUUUCAGCCGCGUAUACCCUCGAUAAUGUCACUACUCCCCAGAUAUAUACCAUCUCAAAGUCAUCACCAGAAUACCUGAACAAUGACGGCCAACAAUCAAAUUUUUUGUUUUACAGCUUUGACAGCAUCCCUGCCGGGAAUCACACUCUCGUCGUGAACAUCACCGCAUGCGUAAACCAAACUUUUAUCUUCGACUAUCUCACAUAUACCCCAUCGUUCUCAUCGCUUGGUACCAUGCCGAAUCUUACAACACAAACUUCUUCCGCGUCUUCCACCACUUCAUCACCAUCAACACCUUUGCCAAUCGGGGGCAUUGUAGGCGGCGUUCUCGGCGGUUUGGCCUUGCUCUUUGCCAUUGCUGCCAUCAUCCUCUUAAUGCGAAGAAAGAGAUCGAGAAAACAAAAAAAUGAUGGCGUGCCAGCCCAUGCCAUUGCCCCCUCCGCGUACCGGACUGACCAUUUCGUCCCGCCAGCCGUAGAAAGCAUCGGACCCUCGCAGUCAUCCCCCCCAACCAGCGAAACAAUCUCGCCGUUCCUCAGUGCCAGCAUGUCUGAAUCACAAGUGGGUUUGGGGCUUCCCCCCGUCCUCAAGGGUCAAAUCUUAGCAGCUGGCUCCCCUCGAGACCACAGGAUGGAAUUCUCAUCAAAUGCGUCUUACUGUACAUCUGCGGCCCAAUCAAUAACAGACGAUACGUCAUCACGCCGCCACACACCCUGGCCGACUGUGACCGACGCCACCAAUCGAGGCGCUAUCGCGAUGCCAGUGAUGGAACAUCGGCCACGCUCAAUCCUUCAUGGAGGCUCAGCGCUCAACGACAAAACGUUCCGACGUGUGAUCACACAGAAUGGUUACUGA